GGGCACGGGGCUGGCGCGGCCGGGCGCCGGGGAGGACGGCGAGGAGGAGGCGGCGGCGGCGGAGACGGCGGCGGCGAGGCUGGGGCCAGGGAGAGAGCCCCGGGGGAGAGGCGCCCGAGCCUGGCCGCGGGAGCAUGUGGGCCCGGAGCGGAGCGCGGGGCGCGCUGCUGCUGGCGCUGCUGCUCUGCUGGGACCCGAGACUGAGCCAAGCAGGCACGGAGUCUGGCAGCGAGGUGCUCCCCGACUCCUUCCCGUCGGUGCCGGCUGAGCCCCUGCCCUACUUCCUCCAGGAGCCACAGGACGCCUACAUCGUGAAGAACAAGCCGGUGGAGCUGCGCUGCCGCGCCUUCCCCGCCACGCAGAUCUACUUCAAGUGCAACGGCGAGUGGGUCAGCCAGAAUGAGCACGUCACGCAGGAGGGCCUGGAUGAGGCCACGGGCCUGCGGGUACGGGAGGUCCAGAUCGAGGUGUCACGGCAGCAGGUGGAGGAGCUGUUCGGGCUGGAGGAUUACUGGUGCCAGUGCGUGGCCUGGAGCUCUGCUGGAACCACCAAGAGUCGCCGGGCCUACGUCCGCAUCGCAUACCUGCGCAAGAACUUCGAUCAGGAGCCUCUGGGCAAGGAAGUGGCCCUGGACCAGGAGGUUCUCCUGCAGUGCCGCCCACCAGAGGGGGUGCCUGUGGCUGAGGUGGAGUGGCUGAAGAACGAGGACAUCAUCGACCCCACCCAGGACACCAACUUCCUGCUCACCAUCGACCACAACCUCAUCAUCCGUCAGGCCCGCCUGUCAGACACGGCCAACUACACCUGUGUGGCCAAGAACAUCGUAGCCAAGCGCCGGAGCACCACGGCCACCGUCACCGUCUACGUGAACGGGGGCUGGUCCAGCUGGGCAGAGUGGUCGCCCUGCUCCAACCGCUGUGGCCGUGGCUGGCAGAAGCGCACCCGGACCUGUACCAACCCAGCCCCACUCAAUGGAGGUGCCUUCUGUGAGGGCCAGGCCUUCCAGAAGACCGCCUGCACCACCGUGUGCCCAGUGGACGGAGCGUGGACGGAGUGGAGCAAGUGGUCAGCCUGCAGCACCGAGUGUGCCCACUGGCGCAGCCGCGAGUGCACGGCGCCCCCGCCCCAGAACGGAGGCCGAGACUGCAGUGGGACCCUGCUUGACUCCAAGAACUGCACAGACGGGCUGUGCAUGCAGAAUAAGAAAACUCUAAGUGACCCCAAAAGCCACCUGCUGGAGGCCUCGGGGGACGUGGCUCUGUACGCGGGGCUCGUGGUGUCCGCCUUCAUCGUCGUGGGCGUCCUCAUGGUGGUGGGGGUGGUGGUGUACCGCCGCCACUGCCGGGACUUCGACACGGACAUCACCGACUCGUCCGCUGCGCUCACUGGCGGCUUCCACCCCGUCAACUUCAAGACUGUGAGGCCCAACAACCCGCAGCUCCUGCACCUGUCCGCGCCUCCGGACCUCACGGCCAGUGCUGGCAUCUACCGCGGGCCCAUGUAUGCCCUGCAGGACUCAGCCGACAAGAUCCCCAUGACCAACUCACCCCUGCUGGACCCCCUGCCCAGUCUCAAGAUCAAGGUCUACAACUCUGGCACCACCGGCUCUGCACCAGGCCUACCAGAUGGGGCCGACCUGUUGGGGGUCCUGCCGGCCGGCACUUACUCGGGCGAUUUCACCCGGGACGCCCACUUGCUGCACCUACACAGUGCCAGCCUCGGCUCCCAGCAGCUCCUGGGCCUGCCCCGUGACCCGGGGAGCAGAGUCAGUGGCACUUUUGGCUGCCUGGGGGGGAGGCUCAGCAUCCCCGGCACAGGGGUCAGUCUGCUGGUGCCCAAUGGAGCCAUCCCCCAGGGCAAGUUCUAUGAGCUGUACCUGCUUAUCAACAAGGCAGAGAACACCCUCCCGCUUUCAGAAGGGACCCAGACAGUAUUGAGCCCCUCGGUGACCUGUGGGCCCACGGGCCUCCUGCUGUGCCGCCCCGUCAUCCUCACGGUACCCCACUGUGCUGAGGUCAGCGCCGGCGACUGGAUCUUCCAGCUCAAGACCCAGGCCCACCAGGGCCACUGGGAGGAGGUGGUGACUCUGGACGAGGAAACCCUGAACACACCCUGCUACUGCCAGCUGGAGGCCAGGUCCUGCCACAUCCUGUUGGACCAGCUGGGCACCUACGUGUUCACCGGGGAGUCGUACUCCCGCUCGGCGGUCAAGCGGCUCCAGCUGGCCAUCUUUGCCCCCGCCCUCUGCACCUCCCUGGAGUAUAGCCUCAGGGUCUACUGCCUGGAGGACACACCCGUAGCCCUGAAGGAGGUGCUAGAGCUGGAGCGGACGCUGGGCGGCUAUCUCUUGGAGGAGCCCAAACCCCUGCUGUUUAAGGACAGUUACCACAACCUACGCCUCUCUCUGCACGACGUCCCCCACGCCCACUGGAGGAGCAAGCUGCUGGCCAAGUACCAGGAGAUCCCCUUCUGUCACAUCUGGAGCGGCAGCCAGAAGGCCCUGCACUGCGCCUUCACCCUGGAGAGGCACAGCCUGGCCGCCACAGAGCUCACCUGCAAGAUCUGUGUGCGGCAGGUGGAAGGGGAGGGCCAGAUCUUCCAGCUGCACACCACACUGGCAGAGACGCCUGCCAGCUCCCUGGAUGCCUUCUGCUCUGCCCCUGGCAGCAUGGUCACCACCCAGCUGGGACCCUACGCCUUCAAGAUUCCACUGUCCAUCCGCCAGAAGAUAUGCAACAGCCUGGACGCCCCCAACUCUCGGGGCAACGACUGGCGGCUCUUGGCACAGAAGCUCUCCAUGGACCGGUACCUGAACUACUUUGCCACCAAAGCGAGCCCCACGGGCGUGAUCCUGGACCUCUGGGAAGCUCUGCAGCAGGACGACGGGGACCUCAACAGCCUGGCGAGUGCCUUGGAGGAGAUGGGCAAGAGUGAGAUGCUGGUGGCCAUGGCCACUGACGGGGACUGCUGAGAGGCCCCAGAACCGUGGGCUGGGAGGGCGGGCAGCAGACCGGUGCAGGGAGGCCCCGGGCAGCCUCAUGAGAGACGGUGCGGCCUCCACUGCCCCCCGCUCACAGCCAGAGUCGCCCCCUCCUCCUCCCCUCGCCCCACUCCAGACCACGACCAGCCUUAGCAAACCCAUGUACUCCGUUGUCCGGAGGACCCAGUGCUCCUUCUUCGCCCCCUGCUGUCCCUCCUGCCCUCAGAUCUCUGUGCAGAAACCACCCUGAGGCCUCUGGAGGCAGCCCAGGGGGCCAGGAGGUGGCCCUCCCCACUCUGUCCACCCCACCUGCCACCACCGCCCUGGGAGCUCUGGGUUAUGUUUGUCUUAGUUUCCUCCUUCAGUUUCUCCCUCAGUUCCUGGUUUCUCCCUCCCCCUGAGCCCCCUUCUCCUUUCACACUAUUUUCCUCUUUGAAGAGUCAAAUACAAUUCAGACGAACUGCUUUCUCCUGUCCAAAGCAAAAAGGAAAAGGAAAGGAAGGAAGAAACUUCAGACUGCUAGUCAGGCUCCAAGAAAAAAAGAGCAACACCAAAACCACAAGGGAAAAGAAAAACCCAGUUUCUUAGGAAACGCACAUGAUUUAUUAUCCAGAUAUUUGGAUAAGUCCUUUUUAAGAAAAAAAGAAAAUGAAAAACAACACAGAAAAAAUAGAAAACUCUUGAGUGUGGAUGAGUGUGGGCUUGCUCGUGGUUCUGGCCAGGAGUGAGCGUGUGUGCGUGUGUGUGCGUGUGUGAGAGAGAGAUUAUCAGGGAGAGAGAGAGACAGAACAGGGACACCUUGCUGCUAAAGAUUCUGUCUUAGAUUAAUUCCUACAAGGCCUCAGUUUCCCCAGUUGUACAGGGUCAAGUGGGGUUUUAGCCAUGGUACCAUAUUUCCCUCCAAAAUCUUAAGCAGGUGCUGAAUCUAUAAGGCCAAGGAGCCCUGAGGUUUGAAGUGGGCUGGGUCCUCCCACCCACCACCUCCCCAGGCACGUGUCCCACAGGCUCCCUGGGCUCCUCAGGAGUCCCGGUUAAGCCCUGGGGUAGAAAGUGUGGGCAGGCCAGGCCAGCUGGGAGCCAGGGACAGUGUUUCCAGUGUCCCUGUCUGGUAGCUCCUGGGGAAGGGAGCGGGACCCAGAAGUGGGGCCUAAGCAGAGAACGAAGUGGGGUGGGGGAAGACGGAGUCUCCUCUGGACACUUCUUUCCUUCACCCCAGGGUGGGACCAGCCAGGUCGUCCCUCCACCUAGCAGCCCCUAGACUAGAGGGACGGGAGCGCAUUGGCGUUCUGUUAACGCCCAGGAAUCCAGAAACUGGUCUUCUCCAGCCUCAGUUGGCUGGGGAGCUUCCCCUAUAAACAGAAGGGAUGUGGCUUUGAAGAAUGUCAGCAGUCAGCCUUUCCAGUCCAGGAGGCAGGGAGGUGGGUGCCUGGCUGUGCGCUAUACCACCACCACCCCCCCCAGUGGAGGAGGACCUGGGGAGGCCUGUUUUCCCAGCUCUGACCUCCACCGGCACCUCCCUCAGCCCGGUUCUCAGCCUCCCCCUGCAGUCUGGGGGGUCUUGAAGUGAGCUUUAACAGGCAGGGCUGCCAGAGUGGAGGGGCUGGUACCCCCUGGCCAGCCUGCUCCGGGAAGCUCCACGGGGCCAUCAGAUCAAGGUCCCUUUCUGACUGGCUGACAAUGGCUGGGACAAAGUUCUUACAGCUGGCACAGAGGCCUGACCACAGGCCUCUCUCUCCUCCUUGGCACCCAGGGCAAAGCCAGUGCCAGCUCCCCCUACCCCCGAAGGUCUGUGCGGGUACUAACCCCAGGGCUUGCCCCAGCGGGUCCAUGAGCAGCUGCUGGGACCAACCUGGGCAUAUCCUGCCCUUUGAAAAGCCUGGUCUCCUGGGAGGAAAGCAGGUUUUGGGGCUCCAGUCCCAGCCGGUGUCCCCAGCCUACCCUUCCCUGCCAUGGACUCUGGGGCUUAUGGGGGUUCUCACCACCUACCGACCCCCCUGGGGGGUAGCUUAGCCACAGGCAGACAGACGCCUGCUCAGUUUGAGAGAGGAUUUCUUCUCUCAGGGCUGCUGAAGGGGCCAGGCCUGCAUUCGGGGCAGGGCAACGACAGCUCUGGAUCCCAGUGCCUGAGUGGUGUGCCUCAAAGGCAGCGAGCCUUCCCUGCCAAGGGUGCCCGUCUGCCGUGGGCUCCGCGUCCCUGAUGCGUCCUAGCCUGAGCUGUGCAGGCCUGUGUGACAGCAGCCUGACCAGUGCCACAGGGGCUUUCCCGGUGCCCUCCCCAUCCAUCUCUAAAAGACCCCCGGGCAGCCUGGAGUCCGAAGACCAGCUGUGCCAUUAAACUGUUGUGUGACCUCAGGCAUAGGACUGCCCUCUCUGGGCCUCAUCUCCUUUUCAUACCUGCAGCUGCUGUCUGACUCCCUUUGGGUUCUAACACACGGUCGUUCUAGGGGCCUAGUGGGAAUCCUAGUGGGUGGAGGUCGGCUGCCGUCUGACGUGCCCCUCCUCCCCGCCCCGCCUGCUCAGCACCCAGGAUGGGAGCUCUUCUUGGUGGAUGAGGCCAGACCAGCCACCAACGUGCCAUUUCUCAGCUGAUUUCCAGAAAUUGUGUACCAGGGCCUGGAGCACAGAACCAAUUGGCUGGAGCCUCCUGGGAGGGUUCAAACUGUCCGGCUUUAUAAGAAUCUCCUGAAAAAGGUGUGCUGGCUCCAUCCACCAGUCAUCCGAGGCUGCCGUGGCUGUGUCCCCACACUGCCUGCCUGAGGGAGGGAUCAGGAUUUCUCCUCUUAUUCCGACCUAAGCGGCCGCCCCCCGUGGCCCAUGUGCCCCACGAGAGGCAGAUCAGGGGCCCCCAAGGGGCUUGCAGGGGCCUCGCGCUGGUGUUUGUGUCUCUCUCAUCGCUGGGGUGUGCUUGCACAUGCAUGUGUGUGUGUGCGUGCCCCAUGUGUGCGUGCUUUUGUCUCCAGGCACAACAGGGUGCCCCCCCAGGAACAUGUCCCCACCUGGGUGUGCGUGUGUGACCUGAGGCCACAGGGUCAGUCGGUGUAUCUUCUAUGUGCCUCUCCUCUGCCUUCUCUCGCAGAGACCAGGGGUCCUCCUGUGGGUGUGGGGGCCUCUCCAUCUCCUGGAUGACCCAGGACCCUCUGGUCCUCUGUCCCCAGCAACCAGGCAGCUGAGCCAGGUCCCUUAGUAUGCCCUCUGAGGGAAGGUGACCAGGACUUUGGGUGCAGGGAGCAGCUCUGCUGGGGGCAAAGGGCUGGGCCCCCUGCCUGGGCCGUGGACAUGGUUAUGUGUCCCAGGGCUGCGGGGAUGGCCCCAUCCCACCACUGUUUAUUCUGUAAACUUCAACCUGUACAUAACGUUUAGCAUUCCUAUUGUAACAAAAUUAAUUUUUACAAAAUAAAUUAUAUUUCCUAGUCUAAUAAAAGA